AUGACUCUCCCUGUAGCAUGUCCUCCUUCCUCUGCUUUGUCGGACCCGCCAACAGUUGCCCAACGCAAGCGACGCAGGAGAGCUCCAGCCAGCGGUGCUUCGGACGAUUGUUUCGCUUGUACCAAACGUAACGUCAAAUGUGACCGAAGAAGACCAUACUGUUCACCAUGCCUGGAAGUAGGAAAUGAGUGCUCAGGCUACAAAACCCAAUUAACCUGGGGUGUGGGAGUGGCAAGUCGAGGAAAACUUCGAGGUCUAUCCCUCCCUGUGGCGAAAUCUCCUCCUGCUCCCAAAAGUCCACCCAUCACUCGUCCUCGAGCUGCUUCCACAAUUGCAAGAUCCUUAGACAGAAAUGGAGACGGCGUUCGAGUUAAGUUGGAGAAUCCAGGUUCUUCUGUGCCUAUUAGUCCAUUCAUGACAUAUAAUUUUGUCAAUAUGGCACCUCAUGGAAAUACUUCAACGACUACUCAGACCCAGAUGUCAGAUUGGAAUAUGUCUCCACCAUCUCACCACUUCACAAUCCCCAAAUACCAGCCUGAUACCCAACAACGCCAGAUGCAAAGACAAUUGCCUCCACAACUUCAUCGGAUACACACGCUUAGUAUCGGGAGACCAGAAGGGUUAGGCCUUUCCAGUUCCGUGGAUUCUUUGAGUCCAUAUCCCGACAGCGAGUAUGCAUCACCGAUCAAUCAAUCAUUCCAAAAUGAUGAUGUUCCCUUUCUCAACAGUCCCGCCCCAAUGUACAACAGUUACUCAUCGAGAAACACUUCCAUAACGGAUCAAAGUUCAGAUAUUAUGGGAAACUCACGUGGUCCCACAUCAUGUCCUGAUCAAUUUUAUGCUCCGUCGGAAAUGAGUUCAAGCUUAAGUUCUCAUCAAAAUAUGUAUGAUAUUUCAGAAGGUCGUCAACCUCACCGAUCUCAUCAAGGGUCUCCUUCAACGCAUGGGAUAUUCUAUGAUGAUGAAAUGUUAGCCAUUCAAACUUCUCGCGAACCUGAAGUGUUUGCCACGGGCACCAGAUCCAGUCAUUUUGGAUGGACUUCUAUCAAUGAAGAUGAUGUUGGUUCCCCCACGUCGGAAGCAGAUACUUAUCAUCAUAUUACUGGGCAUGAUUCCAUGUCAUCUUCACUCAUGUCUGAAAUGUCACCUCGAAUCUCAUUCUUUUUAGAUUACUACGAAAAAAUCAUCUGCCCGUCGGUAGUGGUCAUCGACAGCCCCUCCAACCCCUAUCGUGAGCAUAUCCUUGCUCUCGCCUCCUCAAGUCAAAGUCUCCAACAUGCCAUUUGCGCACUUGCUGCUUGCAACCUACGCAUGAAGCGAAAGCAGUCACUAGGUCAAGAUCAUUGGCGUCAACCAAUUGAACUCGAACUUCUAGAUCGUAUCAAUGGUGGCUCUAUUGGUCGACCAGCCUGCGCCAGAAGAGCCUCUACUCAAACAACUGUGACCGACUCCUCGAGUACCGACGCAUCACUGCAAGAGGAAUAUCAGCAUCGCUCUCUCGCCGUCUCCUUACUCAAUCAACAAUUAAGCGACCCCUCAAAAGCCCGCCACGACUGUGUCCUCGCCACCCUCUUUAUCCUGUGCCAUUACCGCAUGUGCGAAUCUGGCGUUGCUCAAUUCCGUACCCAAUUUGCCGGCGUCAAAAAGAUACUUGGAAUGCGGGAAUGCGGAACCGAGACCGGUAAUUGGGGAUGGAUGGAGUCUCUCUUCACAUAUUUUGACGGUAUUGCCGCUUCAAUCAAUGAUCGUGAAUCCCAGCUCCAAGGUGGAUACAUUGAAAUGCUAGCUAAUCCCUCCAACUCCAAUCACGCACUUGAAAACAUGGCAGGCUGCGACGCCAUUCUCUUCAAAACGAUCGCUAAACUCGGACGUCUAAAUUUACUGUCCCAACAUCGUCCUGUCAUGAAUGAUUCUAUCCCCAGUCCCCCUCAACCAAAUCAUAUGCACCACACAUCCGGCUUCCAUCGACCUCGUCUAGAAGGUCAAGCCCUCGUCGACUUCUACAACCUUCAUUCCAUGUCCUUUGAUGGCAAUGGCUUCGCCUCAACCAUGUCUUUCGACGAUGAACCUGCCUUUCCUCUCCAAAACCUCGCACCUCUCUCUCCCACAUCCUGCUCUCCAACUUCAUCCGCACUAACCUAUAUGUCCGGCGACGAUGCCCGCGCCACUUUCUGGACUGAAUGGAAAGCCGCGCGCCUCGCGCUCCAAGAAUGGGAGUUUUCCCCCUCUCACAUCGUCUCCUCACUCCCAGUCACCCCCACCCCAACACAACUUCGCGAUUUUGGAUAUAUAUCUGAAGCAUUCCGCUACUCAGCCCUCCUAUAUACCGAGCGCCUCGCUUGUCCCAAAACACCUAGCUCGCAUCUGAAUUUUCAGAAUUUGGUCAGCCAGGUCUUGUUUUAUGUUACGAGUCUGGAGACUAACAGUGGAUGCGAGAAGUUUUUGUUAUGGCCACUUUUCAUCAGUGGGAGUGAGUGUGUAAAUGAGUUGCAACAGAGUAUUGUAAGGAGCAAGUGUAGGGAGAUUAUGGGGAGGUCGGGGUAUCUUAAUAAUUUGGCGGGGUUAGAGGUAUUAGAGAAGAUGUGGGCGGAGGGGAAAGAUGGACGAGCAUCUCCAGAUGGGAUGAGGAGUCAAGGGGGACCUUUCAAAUGGACUAAACAUAUGGAGGGAGUGGAGGGCGAGUGGAUCAUGGUUUGA